AUGAAGAUGGCUAAGAAUGCCAAUUUCCAUAGAGCCAUCAAGAAGGCUCCUGGCUAUUUAAAGAGAGCUUUUGUGGACAAGAUCAUCUCCAAUUCCUCAUCGCUGAAUGACAUUUUAAAUAACGUGCCAGAUGAUUUGGUGGACCAGGUUCCAAUUCCAUUGUUGGUGUUUCGAGACGAGCUCCUAGAUCUUCGCAAAAUCAAUGAGAAACAAUGGUCACCAGAGCAGGCAGCUGUGUUUUUUGUGGAUGUAUUGAAUGCUACCGAUAGUUACACUGACCUUUCAGCAGCAGUGCUGCAAGGUUUCCAGUGCGGCGCAGCCAGCAGACUGUCGCCUGACAAGAUCUCGUCGCUGGUUGAACAUGUGAAAAACAAAAAAGCAGUGCUGAGCACUCACCAGUUAUCCUGCAUGGCCAAAAUACUAGCUGCAAAGAACCUGACAGCAAGCUUCACCAGCUACCCACCAGACGUGCUGCUCUUCUUUGAUUUCACCCAAGUGCAGAAUCACACCUGCAAAGAGUUUUACAGUCUGGCUUCCCAAGGGAAUCUAAACCUGCUGCCAAAUGGAUCCGCCCAAAGGACACAACUCCUGAAUAAUGCAUUAGUGUGCCUGGUAAGUUACAAUCUACCUUUCAAGUGCACCUUCUUGGUGCUCUAA